AUGUAUGCGAUUAUCCUACUUUAUGCUUUAUAUUUCAUUACUAAUGGAAAGUUUGAACAUGUAUCAGCAAGAAUCGUGAAGUCAGACAAAUUAUCAGACUCAUCUGCUUCAAAGAUGCAUACCUUGAAAAUUAUGACAGAUCCUAAUAUCCACAUACCACAGAAAUCAAAUAAUCGAACUUCAUGCAACGGUACAGAUAAAUGUGAACUUCAAAAAUCAAGCAAAAAUGUUUCUAUCACCACUACGAAUUUACCUCAGACACAAGUUCACAACUCUACAGUAGUUCCCCACGUUCCAACAACAACACACCAGAAAAUUUCACAAAAUCAUACAAUUGCUCAUGGAACGAAAGCAACUACUGCUGCACCUAUUCCCCACGUUCCAACAACAACACACCAGAAAAUUUCACAAAAUCAUACAAUUGCUCAUGGAACGAAAGCAACUACUGCUGCACCUAUUGCUCAUGGAACAAAAGCAACUACUGCUGCACCUAAGUCAUUCCUAAAAAAAGUUGGUGAUGGAUUUUUUGAUUUGUUCAGUGAACAAGAGUUUCAUCCAAUAAAUCAAAAGAGUUAUUUGUUCAAUUUUUGGUACCUUUUCAGAUCAUCAUUCUUAAAUUUAAAGAAUAUGAAAACUUUAUUAUUAGGAAGUUAA